AUGUCUCAAGAGUUACCAAAGAGGAUUUUUAAGGAGGGCGAGGAGACCCAAGUGACUCAGAUCAACAACAACUGCAGGAUCGACUUCAUUAUCAGAAAGUUGGAGGAGUGGCUGCCAAAUGAGUUGAGAGAAGUGAAGAAAGAUCCGGUUUUUAGUCAGAUUUUUAAGCUGCAUGAGAAUGGUCUUGGGUUUUCCGCGAGAGUGAUACACAGCUUCUUGUGUAGGGAGCUGGUGACUUACAAACAGCACGAGCUCUGGUUUGUCUUUGUGAGGAGAGCAUUUCGGUUUUCACUGCAAGAGUUCCACGCAGUAACCGGGCUUCAGUGCGAUACUAGUAUCUCGCUUCAGGAGUUCAGUGACUGGGAUGAUGAUGAUGGGUUCUGGAGCAGGGUGGUCAUGGAUCUUGAAAAGCUUUGUAGGUAUCCUUGGGGAGUUGCUGCUUAUGAUUUCCUCUGCGAGUCAGUAGUAAAAACGCGUGACUUCCUAUCUGAGAAGACUACUAGUUACGUCUUCGAUGGCUUCUCCUACGCCUUGCAAAUUUGGGCAAUGGAAGCUGUACCAAAGAUUGGAAAACUCUGUGGUAAAAAGCUGAUCAAGGGUUUUAAGGAUGGUCCUAGAUGCGUUAACUGGAUGGGAGCUGCGAAGGUGUCAUAUGACGAGAUCAUUCACUUGGAGAGCAUCUUCACAAAUGAGGAUGUCACUUUUCCAUACAUCUCAUGGACAGGAAAUAUGGAUGUUGUCGAGGAUGACCAAUUUCGCAGAGCUGGUGAUGUGAGGGAUGAUAGAAUCAUCGUUCUGAAGGAGAUGAUAAGUAAGAAGUAUGACUUCAGUGAGCACAUCUGGGAGUACGAGAACACUCCGGAGAUUUCUUUAGAACUUAAUGACGAAGCUGUGAAUGUUGGAGAAGCUGCGAAUGGUGAAGGAAAUGGGAAUGAGAGUGAUGAAGACUUUCAGACUCCAAGAGGAUCAACGAGUGAUGUGUCGUCUAGAAAGGGAAAGAAGAGACUUCCGGAUCGUGGUAUGGAGAAAAGGAAGCAUAAGAGGCUACAGAAACAGAUGGAUGAGAAAUUUGAGCAGAUGAAGGCAGAGCUUAGAGAUUCACGUAAGGAAGCAACGGUUGAAGUUGAGCUUGGAGACCUAUCACCGAGGAAGCCAUCACCGAGCAAGCCAUCACCGAGGAAGCCCUCGACUUCACAGUCAUCGUUGAGGAGGUCCAAACGCGGGGAACCAUCCGAGAGUGCAUUCGAUGUGCAUUUUAGUCAAGAAGAUGAUAUCAUUCACGGGAUGGGUACGCAAGGUGUUAAUGGGCUUUCUCAGGCGUCGUAUGUGACAGACUUUGACCCAUCUCAGACCCCAAAUGAAGAUGACUGGUGGACUCCAAUGAGUUCAGUCCGAGCUCCACCGCCGUCACAGUGGAAGAAAUGGUACAGAGGUAAAACACUCCAGCUAAGCGAUUCACCAUUGCCCCUAGAUGGUUCUCCACAGUCGUCACUGUAUAACUUUUCCGAGGAAUCAUGGAAAGGAUUCACGGAUUGGGCUUUGAAUCCAAUUUCUUUACCGCUUGGGCCUACAAUCUUAAAUUUGUUUCUCGCUACAAGGGAAAUGGAUGCAUUUAUGUUUAUGUGGCGAGUGAAGACAACAUUGAACCUUUGGGCCCCAAAACGUGUUGCUUUCAUGAGUGCUAUGUUCUGCCUCCAAGUCCAUGCUGCAUUCAUCAAGUUUUCGCCGAACAGAAAAGCCUAUAAAUUGACUGAUUUUCUUCUUGGGUACGGCAGAGGAGAGCUUCCAUCUCAUGGGCGGACUGAUCAAGUUUGGGGUGUCGAUGUUGAUCGGCUCUACUUUCCUCUGUUUGUAAAUGUGGAAGUCUAUGAUUGCGGUGGGGGAAAGAAUAGACAACACGUUGAAAAGUUUGCUGCUCUGAUUCCUAGGAUAGUGAAGGCGGUUGCACCACCUGAAAGACAGAAGCCGCUACUCCUCUCUGCAUAUACUAUCGUGGAUGUGCCUAUGAAGAAGAGGUUGAACAAGAGUUGUUGUGAUUGUGGUGUAUACGCGCUCAAGCACUUGGAAUGCCUUCUGCUUGGUCUCGACAUCAGUUUGGUGGAUGAUGAAAUCAUCAUGGGUUGCAGACAGAAGCUUGGUGUGGACUUAUGGGAGGGUGCACACGAACCCAUCUACGCUGAGGCUAUGACACGAUAUGUGCCUUCACCAUGGGAGAGGUCUGAAGCAUAUGACUUAGAAGAUUGA